ACAUUAUUGGUGUCCUUUCAAACCAAGCAAGCAAAUGGGUCAAACUCUUUUGGAGGCACUCAACGUGAGGGUAGUGGGCAAUGGCCGGAGCUACAUGGUUUUGGCACACGGGUUCGGUACCGAUCAGUCGGCAUGGAAUCGCAUUCUCCCUUACUUCCUUUCACAGUAUAAAGUCAUCCUGUACGACCUGGUGUGUGCCGGUAGCGUUAACCCUGACUACUUCGAUUUCGGCCGAUAUACCUCUCUGGACGCCUAUGCCGACGACCUCCUCAACAUCCUUGAUUCCCUUGGCGUUGAUUGUUGCGCGUAUGUAGGUCACUCUAUCUCCGCGAUGAUUGGAAUUCUCGCCUCGGUUCGUCGUCCUCAACUGUUCUCCAAACUCAUACUCAUCGGCGCUUCCCCGAGGUUCCUAAACGACAAGGAUUACCACGGAGGAUUCGAGGAAGGGGAGAUCGAGAAGCUAUUCAUGGCGAUGAAAUCAAACUAUGAAUCAUGGAUAUGCGGAUUCGCUCCGCUAGCAGUAGGAGCUGACGUUCCUGAGGCGGUACGAGAAUUCAGCCGGACAUUGUUCAACAUGAGGCCAGACAUUUCACUGUUCGUAUCCCGGACGGUGUUCAGCAGUGACCUGAGGGGGGUUCUAGGACUAGUUAAGACGCCGUCUUGGAUAAUUCAGACCGCCAAGGAUGUAUCCGUGCCAACGUCCGUCGCCACUUACCUCAAGGAUAGUCUUGGAGGCCGCAACACGGUGAUGAUGCUGAAUGUGGAAGGACAUUUGCCUCAUCUUAGCUCCCCGCUGGUGUUGGCUCAUCACAUUAAUAUAGCACUUGCAGGAUCAACAUAACAACAAACAUCAUAGGCUUUGUUUGGGUUUAUGUUUUCAUGACUCUAUGUAAAUUUAUCUACAAGUUAAGGAUUCUUCAAAGUACUUACAUAUGAUAGGAGUCGAGUCUAACUUGUUACAUUUUACACCAAGUUAUAUAUAGGAUAACACAAAUCUACGAUCUGCUUAUGCAGCUGGGGUUUUUGGUUGUUUAGGGCACAUUUUAUGGACACUUUCUUCAUUUCUGAUUUAUGACAACUUUUUUGAGAUUUCA